GGCGGCGAACGUGUCUCUUAGAGUGCUGUAGUGGGCUCUCCCAAUCGCUCAGUACAGUGCUCCGCACACAAAUAGUAGCAACAAACCUGAAAGCAGAAGGACAAAUGGAAUGGAGAAGAAAGAUUUUCAGAGACAUCAAGAAACUGUUUUAAAGUAAAGGUUGCCAUGAAUUUCUCUUGUAACAGGGAAUGAAAUCAGCCUGAAGAAGAAAUCAUCUCAAGUUUUUGCAGGAAGUUCAAGCAGCUAAGAAAAUGGAGUCAGAAAUAGUUUUGAGUCUUCGUCGCCAGCUCAAAGAGGCUGAAGAGGAGCGAAGGAAAGCAGCUCAGUAUGGUUUACAACUAGUGGAAAGCCAAAGUGAGAUGCAAAACCAGUUGGAAAAAAUGCAGAAAGAAAUCACAGCCACAACGGAGGAUUAUGAACAACAAAAGUAUUCCCUUCAAAGAGAAGUUGAACUCAAGAAUCGAAUGUUGGAAAGUUUGGGCUCUGAAUUUGAAUCAGUUAAACAACAACAGAAAUUGCAGUUGGAUAAAUUGCAAGAACAACUGAAAAGAAAUUAUGCGCAAGAAGUGAAUGAACUUAAAGAUAAGUUGGAGAAAUUGAGAGCAGAAUUGGAUGAAUCCAGGCUGAGUGAAAAACAACUGAAGCACAAAGUGGAUCAUCAGAAGGAAUGCCUGGCUGCUAAAUCAGAAGAAUUGCACAUGAUGUCUGAGCGUGUUCAUGAAACGAUGUCUUCAGAAAUGUUAAAUCUUCAAGUGGAGCUUACUGAACUUGAGAGUGAAAAGGCUGCUCUGGAGGAGAAAGUGAAUGAACUGAACUACAGACAAGAGCAAUUAGCACUUACUAAUUUUAACUUACAACAUCAGAUUGAACGCCUUCAAGGGGAAAAAGAAGAGAGAGAAAAGGAAGUUGUUUCUUACUGUAAUGCAUUAGAGAAAGCUCGUGAAUCAAACCAAGAUCUUCAAGUUCAGUUGGAUCAUGCACUGCAGCAGUCCUUGGACCCCAACAGUAAAGGCAACUCUUUGUUUGCAGAGGUGGAAGAUCGGAGGGCAGCAAUGGAACGUGAAUUGAUCAAUGUUAAAGUGAAAUAUCAGUCACUUCAAAAACAACAUGCAUUUAUUAGAGAACAGUUGCAAAGAAUGAAGUUGCAAAUGGCCACAUUACUGCAGAUGAGAGGGUCACAAGCUGAAUUUGAGCAACUUGAGCGCUUGCAGGCUAUGCUUGAACAAAAAAAUGGUGAAAUAAAGAACCUUUUAACAAAAGUGGGGCAGUUGGAGAAAUUUAAGAACCUGUAUGAGAAUAUGGAAUCUAAACCUUCUGGGAGCAGUUCCAACCCUGUACCUCUUGAAGAUGAUACCUACUAUACAGAUUUACUUCAGAUGAAGCUUGACACGUCCAACAAAGAGAUUGAAAAGAUUCGGGAUGAGCUGUCUUUACAACGCAUGAAGGCUCUUUAUGAAAGCCAACGAGUUCUGGAAGUUGAGCGAAAACUUUUUUCCAAUGAAAGGCACCUCCAACUUUGUCAGAGUGAAAACAUGAGCCUACGCGUUAAGGUGGAUGAAUUAAAAAUGAAAUAUGAACCUGAAGAAAUAAUUAAAAUGCCCACACACAAAAGAAGGCGAGAGAAAAUACCAAUGGAUAUACCUCCUUCUAAUAACACUGAAUUGGAAGGCACUAAUUUACCCAUUCAAAAUGAUGAGGCAAAAGCAGGAAGUAACAAUUUAAAAGAAGAAAAUGAAGCACCUGUAGGAAAACCAUUGUCUCUGGAUACAUCAGCAAAUGCAUGUCUUCCAAAAACUCCUCCAGGGAAUAAAUCAGUGAAAGAAAAGAAAUGUGUGAAAAUCAUGGCAGGUACACCGGGAACUGAAGUUUUAAGUGGACGAAGUUGCAACACCCCCAAAUUCCCCAGGUUAGCUGCUGAAUCCAUGCUCCAAACAGAUGAUAAAGAAGAGGAAGAAACUACAAGCAAACCUGAGAGGAAAACUCCCAUUUACAACUUCAUUGGCAAUGGAGCCCCCCAGCUGUCCCUUCAGAUUGGCGAUGUGGUCCACAUACAAGAAGCUUGUGAAGAUUGGUACCGAGGAUACCUGAUAAAACACAAGAUGUUAGAGGGGAUAUUUCCUAAAUCCUUCAUUCACAUCAAAGAAGUUACAAUUGAAAAAAAAAGAAACACCGAGACAGUGAUUCCUGCUGAGAUCCCACUGGCCCAAGAAGUCACAAUGACACUUUGGGAAUGGGGCAGUAUUUGGAAGCAGCUCUACUUGGGAAGCAAAAAGGAAAGGUUUUACCAGGUGCAGUCCAUGAUGUACGACUUAAUGGAGUGGAGGUCCCAGCUCCUGUCGGGAACCCUGCCGAAAGAUGAACUCAAAGAGCUCAAGCAGAAAGUCACUUCAAAAAUUGACUACGGCAACAAGAUUCUUGAGCUAGAUCUGAUUGUUAGAGAUGAAGAUGGAAAUAUCUUGGAUCCAGAUAAAACCAGCGUCAUCAGCCUGUUUCAUGCACAUGAAGAAGCGACUGAUAAAAUCAAUGAGCGCAUCAAAGAAGAAAUAUCAAAGGAUCAACCAGAUUAUGGGAUGUAUUCCCGGAUUUCCUCAUCCCCCACGCACAGCCUCUAUGUCUUUGUGAGAAAUUUUGUGUGCCGAAUUGGGGAAGAUGCAGAGCUCUUUAUGUCUCUCUAUGACCCAAACAAACAAACAGUCAUAAGUGAAAAUUACCUUGUUCGAUGGGGCAGUAAAGGCUUUCCAAAGGAAAUUGAAAUGCUGAACAAUCUGAAGGUAGUCUUCACGGAUCUUGGAAACAAAGACCUCAACCGGGACAAAAUUUAUUUGAUUUGUCAAACAGUGAGGGUUGGAAGGAUGGAUCUUAAAGAAACUAACACAAAAAAGUACACUCAGGGACUGAGACGUCCAUUUGGGGUGGCAGUUAUGGAUAUAACAGACAUCAUCAAAGGAAAAAUCGAAAGUGAUGAAGAGAAACAGCAUUUCAUCCCCUUCCACCCGGUAGCUGCUGAGAAUGAUUUCCUACACAGCCUUCUGGGCAAAGUCAUAGCCUCCAAAGGAGACAGCGGUGGCCAAGGCCUUUGGGUGACAAUGAAAAUGCUCGUGGGAGACAUUGUACAGAUAAGGAAGGACUAUCCCCAUCUUGUGGACAGGACCACAGUUGUAGCCCGGAAGCUUGGAUUCCCCGAGAUCAUCAUGCCAGGGGAUGUCAGGAACGAUAUUUACAUCACACUGCUUCAAGGUGACUUUGAUAAGUAUAACAAAACAACGCAGAGAAAUGUGGAGGUGAUCAUGUGCGUCUGUGAUGAAAAUGGGAAAGUGCUGCCAAAUGCAAUUUGUGUGGGAGCAGGAGACAAGCCCAUGAGUGAAUAUAGAUCUGUUCUGUACUAUCAGGUGAAGCAGCCACGCUGGAUGGAAACAGUCAAGGUGGCCGUUCCUAUCGAGGAGAUGCAGAGAAUCCAUCUGCGCUUUAUGUUCCGACAUCGCUCGUCCCUCGAGUAUAAAGAUAAAGGGGAAAAGAACUUUGCGAUGGCCUAUGUCAAAUUAAUGAAGGAGGAUGGGACCACGCUACAGGAUGGGAGUCAUGACUUGGUAGUCCUGAAGGGGGACAGCAAGAAGAUGGAGGAUGCCACUGCAUACCUGACUCUACCUUCCUCUCGCCACCAAGUGGAGAACAAGAGCUCAACCCUAAGCCGGAGCUCCAGCAGCAUAGGGGGACUCUCAGCUAGCUCCAGAGACAUCUUUUCGAUUUCCACUCUUGUGUGCUCUACCAAGUUAACUCAGAAUGUGGGCCUGCUGGGACUGCUGAAAUGGCGAAUGAAACCUGAAUUACUGCAGGAGAAUCUGGAGAAACUGAAGAUUGUGGAUGGGGAAGAAGUGGUAAAAUUUCUUCAAGAUACUUUGGAUGCCUUGUUUAACAUCAUGAUGGAGCAUUCCCAAAGCAAUGAAUAUGAUAUCCUUGUUUUUGAUGCUCUGAUCUAUAUUAUAGGACUCAUCGCAGACAGGAAAUUCCAACAUUUUAACACUGUUCUUGAGGCUUAUAUCCAGCAGCACUUCAGUGCCACUUUGGCAUACAAGAAAUUGAUGACAGUUCUGAAGACUUAUCUGGACACAUCCAGCAGAGGGGAGCAGUGCGAGCCGAUCCUCAGAACUCUGAAAGCAUUGGAAUAUGUGUUCAAGUUCAUUGUUCGGUCGAGGACAUUAUUUUCACAGCUCUAUGAAGGCAAGGAGCAAAUGGAGUUUGAAGAAUCCAUGAGACGGCUCUUUGAAUCCAUCAACAACCUUAUGAAAAGUCAAUACAAAACUUCCAUUCUGUUACAGGUGGCAGCUUUGAAGUACAUACCAUCCGUCCUCCAUGAUGUGGAAACUGUCUUUGAUGCCAAGUUACUAAGCCAGCUCCUGUAUGAAUUUUAUACUUGUAUUCCACCAAUUAAACUCCAGAAGCAAAAAGUGCAGUCGAUGAAUGAGAUUGUCCGGAGCAACCUCUUUAAAAAGCAAGAGUGCCGGGAUAUUCUGCUACCAGUCAUUACAAAAGAACUGAAGGAAGUCCUGGAACAGAAAGAUGAGCAGCAGCACCAGAUCCAAGAGAAGAAAUACUGUGUUGAAUUACUCAACAGCAUCCUGGAGGUGCUUAGCUGUCAGGAUCCAACUUCAACGUACUACCACAUCAAAGAAAUCAUGGUACAGCUCCUCCGCACAGUGAACAGAAUGGUCAUUACAAUGGGGCGAGACCACAGCCUAAUUAGUCACUUUGUGGCAUGUAUGACAGCCAUCUUAAACCAAAUGGAUGACCACCAUUACACAUCAUACAUAGAGACGUUCCAUACAAGCUCAGAACUUGUGGACUUCUUGAUGGAAACGUUUAUCAUGUUUAAGGACCUCAUUGGGAAAAACGUUUACCCUUUGGACUGGAUGGCCAUGAGUAUGGUGCAGAACAGAGUGUUCUUGAGAGCCAUCAACAAGUUUGCAGAAACCAUGAACCAGAAGUUCCUGGAGCAUAUGAACUUUGAAGUCCAGGAAGUUCUUCCAAACAUCUAUCCCAACUCCCCCUGUGAAUCUCUACUUAAUUUAGUUGCAUCCAGCACCCCAAAUCAUUUCUUUAGCAUCACCUACAAACCAUACUCUAAGAUAAGCACUACAGCCAAUAAAGCUCAGCCUACACUCUUAGCUCCUCUAGCACCAUUGUACAUGAGCCUGGUGGAUUGCUCCUUGGAGCAUCCGAAAAUCGCCAAGACAGUUGAGAACUUUGUCAGUCUGGUCAAAGGACUGUUGGAGAAGCUGCUGGAUUACCGGGGUGUGAUGAGCGACGAGAGCAAAGACAACCGCAUGAGCUGCACCGUUAACUUGCUGAACUUCUACAAGGACAACAACCGUGAGGAAAUGUACAUAAGAUAUUUGUACAAGCUCCGUGAUCUGCAUCUGGACUGUGAGAAUUACACAGAGGCAGCAUACACUCUGCUCCUGCACACUUGGCUCCUGAAGUGGUCCGAUGAGCAAUGUGCAUCUCAGGUCAUGCAGACUGGAUUGCAGCUAUCCCAGACUCACCGUCAGCUAAAGGAGUCUCUGUACGAGACCAUUAUUGGCUACUUUGACAAGGGAAAGAUGUGGGAAGAAGCCAUCUUCCUGUGCAAGGAACUGGCAGAGCAGUAUGAAAUGGAGAUUUUUGACUACGAACUCCUAAGUCAGAACCUGAUUCAACAAGCAAAAUUCUAUGAGAACAUCAUGAAAAUCCUGAGACCCAAACCAGACUACUUUGCUGUCGGGUAUUAUGGCCAAGGCUUUCCCUCCUUUCUGCGGAACAAAGUGUUCAUCUACCGGGGGAAGGAGUAUGAACGGCGGGAGGAUUUCCAAAUUCAGCUCAUGAGCCAGUUUCCCAACGCAGAGAAGAUGAAUACAACUUCCGCCCCAGGAGAAGAUGUCAAAAACUCUUCUGGCCAGUAUAUCCAGUGUUUCACAGUCCAGCCUGUCCUAGAUGAGCAUCCACGAUUCAAGAACAAGCCUGUGCCUGACCAGAUCAUAAACUUUUACAAAUCCAACUAUGUGCAACGGUUCCACUAUUCGAGACCAGUAAGGAAGGGGACAGUUGACCCGGAAAAUGAGUUUGCGUCGAUGUGGAUCGAGAGAACAUCUUUUGUGACAGCAUACAAACUUCCAGGGAUCCUGCGCUGGUUCGAGGUCACAGCCAUGUCCCAGACAACCAUUAGCCCUCUAGAGAAUGCCAUUGAAACCAUGUCUACAGCAAAUGAGAAAAUUCUGAUGAUGAUUAAUCAGUACCAGAGUGAUGAAAACCUCCCAAUUAACCCCCUGUCUAUGCUUCUGAAUGGGAUCGUGGACCCUGCAGUCAUGGGAGGGUUUGCUAAAUAUGAAAAGGCUUUUUUCACCGAGGAAUAUACCAGAGACCACCCCGAAGAUCAAGACAAACUGAGCCGCCUUAAAGACCUGAUUGCUUGGCAGAUUCCCUUCCUAGGGGCCGGCAUCAAGAUUCAUGAGAGGAGAGUGUCAGAGAGUCUCCGUCCUUUCCACGACCGGAUGGAGGAGUGUUUCAAGAACUUAAAAGUGAAGGUGGAAAAGGAAUAUGGAGUCAGAGAACUGCCGGAUUUUGACGACCGGAGGGUGGGCCGCCCUCGGUCCAUGUUGCGCUCCUAUCGCCAGAUGUCCAUCAUCUCCUUGGUCUCCAUGAACUCUGACUGCAGCACGCCUACCAGAGUUGCUGUGGAAAGCUUUGAUGUGGACCCACCCACACCAAAGGCCAUGAAACCAGAGCUGGAGGAGAAUCUUCCUCUGGCCCAAACCCUUUCAGAGGUGAAGCUCAGGAGGUCCAAGAAGAGAACAAAGCGGAGCAGCGUGGUGUUUGCUGACGAGAAACCAGCACCAGAGUCAGACAUGAAACGAUUGUCCAGGAAGCACGAGUUCAUGAGUGACACCAACCUCUCUGAACAUGCAGCUGUCCCCCCAAAAACAUCUGUCCUCAAGCAGAUGAGCUUUGCCAGUCGCUCUAUGCCAACCAUCCCAGCACUCACACUAGCUGUGGCCCCCACCCCUGGACCAGAGGAACCCAGUCCAUCUCCACGGCUAAGCCAGGCUUUCCCUGCCCUCUCCGAAGGCGACAAGAAAACACUGAAAAGGAAGAAAGUGAAUCAGUUCUUCAAAACGAUGUUGGCAUCCAAGUCUGCAGAAGACGGGAAGCAGACCGGAGAGCGGGUCCCAGAAAACAUAACCAUGGAUUUGUGAAGAGUCUAGAGCCCAACAAGCCUGGGAACCUCCUGGAGAGUGGAGUGUUGGGCAGCCUUGCCUUGCCGAGGAGUUCAGAGGAGCCUGUAGGGAACAGGGAAUGCUGUGCAAGAUAUGACUGGCUCUGUUCCCUUUGCAAGAUGGCGAUGGGGCAAAGACCUGCUUUUCAGAUUCCAUUUUGAAUCAUGACACCUUCUCUUAGUGCCACGGAGUCCCAGAUGAUGUGAAAAUCCAAAGUGCCAAUUAGAUGAAAUCUUUCCCGUGGACUGCGGAAGGACAUUCUCCUUUACCAUGACAUCUCUAUCAAAGCCCAUAUAGGGAUAUGAUGUUGUUCAACCAGCUUUUUGGGGAAUAUUAAUUUGCAUUUACUAGUAGUCAGCAAAAUGUGGUCUGUCUAAUUUUUUGUGUGAAUUCUUUCUUUCGUAUUUUUAAACCUGUUCAAAAAAGCCACUGGAAAUCUGUUUUCUUACCUACUGACA